UUUAUUUUGGUUUGGAAAUUAGUCCGCAGGAGCCGUGUACGGCUGUGCGCGCGUGUAUGUGUGUGCGUUUGAGCGCGUAUCGUCGGGCCGUGCGUUUCGCACCGAUUCGGGUGGUCAAAUUUCAAAGUGCUUGCUUAUCGGAGAUCAAGAACUGAGAAAAAAAAAAUGACCCGUGGAAAUCAACGUGAACUAGCACGAGCCAAGAAUUUGAAAAAAACUGUAAAGAAGGCAGCGUCGGAACAAGAUAGCAAUAAAGGUCUUUCCUUAGAACAACGUAAAGCACGCGACGCAGAACGAAUGAGAGAGAAACAACUUAAGAAACAGCAGGGUGAACCAGCAGACAAAUCCAAGCAGGCAGCGAGAUAAUUCAACGAGAAAAGUGUAUAAAUUUUUAUGAUAAGAACGGCUAUAUCACGCAACCAAUGGCUACGUUAAAAAGAUUCACGACUGUAAGAUACACAUACGUCGAUGAUUACCGGAGACAGAAAAAUGAAUCACUAUGUCUUUGAUGUUAGAGAAUUUUUCCAUUGUCGGCCGUACGCAGGUAUGUCAACCGUAUGACAUACCUCAGGACCUAGCCUCGAUUAUCUUGUUAUUUACACGUUGCUCACGAUAACAGUUAUAAUCAGUGUGUACAAACUUGACGUUACCUACACCUAAAUUCAGUCAAAGAAAAUACAUGUUUGACUGGUUUCUCUAGGUAUAAGGAUAUUAAAUAAUACUAUAUAUUUGUAGUACUAAUUUCCAAUAUGUAAAAAUUCAGACUUUCACUUAUUUAAUAUGUUAUGUAAUUAAAUGUAAACAAGCGAACGAUCAUUAAACACACAUGUGUUACUAUCGUUCCCUCUCGCUUGUAAUAAACUGUUCAAAUUUUAA